AUGGCGGCUACUCAAGCUUUCUUUUCAUCGAGCGUGGCUCUUGAUACACUUUCUGCGGCGCGCUGUUUACUCGACAUGUCAAAAAUUUUUCCGAAGAAACCCGCGCCGGUGCACUCUGAGAACACGCCAUCGUCUCCUUUGUUGAUGUUCGCGAAAAUCCUGGCCUCGAUGGAAGAAGAGUGCUCGCUGAUAAAGAAACAUUCAUGUCUUGGGAACACUACGAAUCAGACAUCGAACCUGAAGGCAGGAACCGGCUUCGGAGUGCAGUUCAAGGAAACAGAGCGCGAAAAAUUUGCGACUGCUGUAACCCCGAAGGAGAAUGGUGGCGUUACAGGAUACUGUAACGACGACACGCCCUCUGAACUGUCCACGAAACCAAAACAAAAGACCCGGCGCCGAAAUUCACGCAGGAGAAGCGAACAGGAAAAGAAAAUUCACGCUUGCCACUACAACGGUUGCGAUAAAAAAUACGGCAAGAGCAGUCAUCUGAAAGCACACCUCCGUACGCACACGGGAGAACGCCCGUUUCAUUGCACUUGGACUGGCUGCGAGAAAAAGUUUGCUCGCUCGGACGAACUCGCACGGCAUUAUCGCACGCAUACGGGUGAGAAACGCUACGUUUGUGGCAUCUGCAGUAAGCGUUUCAUGAGGAGUGAUCAUCUCUCGAAGCACGCAAAAACACAUGGAUUGAAAUCCCGCAAAGAACUGGCGAGACCCACGAAUCCAAUGUUCUUUUGA